UCGCAGGCUGAUACAGCGCACGGGCUACAGCCGCCAGCCACAGCGCUCGGGCAGCAGCAGCAGCAGCAUGCGAAGGCUCGUCCAGGUCGAGCGCGCAUCCUCGCCGCGCCAUCAGCGAGCUUCCUGCAUCAGCAGCAGCAGCAGCAGCGAGCAAUAAAACAGCAGCAGCAACAGCCACUCAUCUCGCAUCCGCAGCGGCAUACGAAGAAUUCUAGUUUUGGAUCUACGCCUUUCUCCGGACACCGUCGAGGAUGCGACUCGUCACGGCCACGCGGGACUCCUGAUGCUUUGAUCCUCGACCGGGACGAGGAGGAGGAGAAGGAACGGAAUCUUGAGAAUCGCCGCAGCCUCGUGGCGACUUCGCGAGCCAUGGCGGCACCCCAACGCACGCCGCACCUCGUGGGCAAGAGCGACCGCAACUUCCAGGACGUGAUGCAGAAGUUGCAGGAUGAACAAGAAGCGGUACAGAAGAGGACAUUCACAAAAUGGAUCAACUCCCAUUUGGCUCUGCACAAGCCCCCGCUGGUGGUCGAUGACCUCUUCAAGGAUCUCAGGGAUGGCGUGAGGCUCAUCGCUCUGCUGGAGGUGCUGACUGGAGAGCGCCUGCCUUACGAGCAGGGACGGCAGCUGAAGCGCAUCCACGCCCUGAGCAACAUCGGCACCGCCCUGAAGUUCAUGGAGGCGCGGCGGAUCAAACUUGUGAACAUAAAUGCCCCAUACAUUGCCGACGGAAAGCCGUCCAUCGUGCUGGGUUUGAUAUGGACCAUCAUCCUCUACUUCCAGAUCGAAGAAGCGACAAACAACCUGCUGCCCAUCUCGCCGUGGAGCAGCGAAACGUCGCUGAGCAGCAUGGAGGGGUCCUCCACCGGCAGCCCGCAGCGCAAGCGCCGCCAAACUCCCAUGCGUAGCACCGCCAAGAAAGCGCUGCUCAAGUGGGUGCAGCUGGUCGUUCCCAGUCGAGUGGGGGGCACCGAGAUUCGCGACUUCGGUGCCAGCUGGCGCACGGGCAUCGCCUUCCACAUGAUGAUCCGCGCCAUUCAGCCAGAGCUGGUGAACCUCGAGAAAGUCACGCAGAGGUCCAACCACGACAAUCUCGAGGAGGCCUUCAUCGUUGCUGAGGAAAAGCUUGGGAUUCCUCGCCUGCUGGAUCCCAUAGACGUGGACGUGGACAAGCCGGACGAGAAGAUCAUCAUGACGUACGUGGCGCAGUUCCUCAAGCACUACCCCAACGCGGCCGAGUCUGAGGGGAACUUUCUCGGCGACGAGAGAGAAGACAGGAUAAAGUUCAUGGAGCUGCAGGCAUGGCUAAACCAAGCCAUCAAGGAUGUGAGCUUGCAAGCAACCCCUGAGUCCCUCAAGGAACAUUACCAGGCUUUCCGGCGAAUCAAAGUUCCAUACGAGGACAGGAAAAGCACAGUGGUGUUGAUGUUGCAGCCCCUGAAGGGGAACGGGAAACUCUCAGUGGAGCAGUCGACCGCGAAGAAAGAUUGGGACCUCCUCUCGGCAAAGCUGUGGGAGUGGCAGGGCCUGCUGGACGGAGCGCUGCCGCCGCCCCUGGCUGAAGUCGGCGUGUGGCUGCACCGCGUCGAGACGGCGCUGGGCCAGGGGGCGUCGCCCGGGCGCGACGGGGGCGAGGAGGCGGUGGGGCUCGUGCGCCGGCAGCUGGAGAUCCACCGGGAGAUUUCCCUCGAUCUGGAGCGACACCGGCACUUGGUGGAGAAGCUGCGGAGGACCGGGGCGCAGGGGCUGGACGUGUCAACUGAGCAGCUCGACGACCUGACUGCACGGCUCUCUCAGCUGUCGGAGACAUCGUCUCGGCAGCUACCACGACUCGAGUACCUGCAUUGCCGUCACAACAUCCUGGAGUUGUCAGGUCUAGCAGAGGCUCGGCUCAAGGCCUGGACCAUCAAGUAUGGCCGCAGGGAGGCCGUCGAGAUGCUGCUGCACAACUACAUUGACUUCAUCGAAGGAAAAGCAUUUUUUGAGCAGUAUGAAGCGGCGCAUCAGAACCUCACAAAGUGCACCGAAGUUUACUUGAAAACAAACGUUGCACAGGAGGAGCGCGAUGGCGCGCGGCGGUUCCUUGCCGAGGUGUCGCAGCAGGGGCGCGGGCUGACGGUGGAGCUGCGUGGAGCGCGCAGCAUGCUGGAGGAGGUGCUGCUGCGCUGGGGCAUCUACUCCAGCACCGUGGAGAGCCUGCAGGCCUGGCUGGAGAACGGGGAAUGCAUGACGCACCAGUCGGAUGCGGCGCAGAGGGAGUUUUUCCGUGACCUGCCGCAGUGGAUGCAGCAGCACACGGCGAUGAACGAGGCCGGCAACUUCCUGAUCGAGGCGUGCGAGUCGCCCGUCUCCCGCGAGCUCAAGCAGCAGCUGCUGCUGCUCAACGGCCGCUGGCGUGAGCUCUUCGACAGGGUCAAGCAAUACGCGCGGGCCGACGAGGUGGACCGGCUGCGGCAGGAGUACGCCGACGGCCUGGCCGCGCUCCAGGCCUUUGUCGCGCGGACUCAGCCGCUGCUCGUGGGGCCCCCCGAGGCCGCACCGGCCGCCAUCGCCGCCUACCUGGGCGAGCUUGAGACCAUGAAGCAGAGGAUUCCGAGCAUAGAGACGCAGUUCAAGGCCGUGUCAAAGCUGGCGCAGGUCUUGGUGAAGGACACGACGGAGGAGGAAGUUAAAGGCAUGUUGGACGCCAUGACAGUCAUCAAGGACCAGAUCGUCAAGACGAGAGAGCAGUGCCCCGUGCUGGCGCGGGAGGCGCAGCAACUGGCGAGCACGCUGGAGGAGCUGGAGAGCGGGCUGGCCGACACGCGCGAGUGCCUGAGCAGAGCCACCCAGACCAUUGGCAGCCUGGCUCCCGGUGCCAGCAAGGAAGACGCCAUGGUCCAGCAAAAGGACGUGGAGGCAGCCACCAAGAGCUGCCAGAAGGCGUUGUCCCGGGCAGAGCGUGCGCUGCAGGCCGUGCGCCACCUCCUCAAGUCCAGCCGGACGCUGCAGCAGCUGGACGCCUCGCCGCACGAGGCUGCCGUCGGCGAGGCUCGCUCCGCCGUGCACGCGAUAGGCACGGAGGCACCGGGUCAGCUGGCUCGCGUGCGCUUCGAGGCGGAGCAGGAGCGGUUCGUGAGCGCCGUGCAGCGCUGCGAGCUGCAGCUGGCGACGGAGAACCGUGCGCUCAGCUCGGCCAGCAGCGAGCAGCUCCUGCGCGGUCACAAGGAGUUUUUCUCGGAGGCCGGAGUGUUUGGGGAGUGCCUUAUUCGGCUGGCGGCCAUGCGGGAGGCCCUCUCGGGCCUGCCUCCUGGCCGUGUGGAGCAGGGCCUUCGCACGCGACUCGCGCACGCUGAGGAGCACUUCCAGGAGCUCCAGGAAUACGUGGCGAGCACCGCACAGCAGCUGCGACAGCACCCCGACAAGUGGCGUGAAUUCAACUUCAGGUUUUCUAAGGUAAAGGAAUGGCUUAAAGCCACAGAAGCGUCUCUUGGUGAGAUUCAAAGUCAAAGCAAGAGGGACGAUGUUUUCGAAUCUCUCGGAGCAAGGUUGCAGGCUCUGGGCAAUGAGAGAGAUUCCCAGAACUCUGAGGUGAGCUGGCUGAAGAUGCGUCUCGACGCUUUGACCGAGUUCUGCAGCAAAGAAGACAUUUCCAACAGCAGAAGUGAACUGCAGGGUCUUUCGGGGGACCUGGCAAAGUUGCAGAGGAUGUUUAUUGAGGUGGAGGCCCAGCUGGUGCAGGCCGGGAAAGUGCUGCGCUACCGCAGGGAGGUGCAGACCGUCCUGCGGGACAUCGGCAGGUCCCUCCAGGAGGUGCAGGCUGAGGCUGACGCCACGGUGGAGGCCGCUACCUUGGAGGAGGCCCAGGAUAUGUGGGCCUCCCUGCAGAAGCAUGUGACGGCGCUGAGGGGCAGGAGGCCGCUCGUGGAGCAGCUGCUAGGCCGGGGGCAGGGCCUGGAGGCCCAGGAUGAGGGCGUGCGCGCCGAUCUGAAGCAACUCCGCGCACUGCUCCAUGAGCUGGGUCCGGCUCUCGACCAGAAGGAGCAGGAGACAAAGACCCAGCUGCACAAGUGGCAGCACUUCGAGGAGGAGAAGGCGAGCCUGCACGAGUUUUUGGGAAUUGUCGGCUCCGCCGUGGAGCGGCGUCUGCAGUUUAGUAGCCCGGAGAACCUGGAAACCGAGCUGCAGCAGGCCAGGGACCUGCUGGUGCGAGCCGAGGGGCAGGUGACGAGAGCCGUGGCGCUGCAGGAGGAGGCGCGCACGGCCCACCGUGACGCGGGCCGAGCCGAGGCCCUGCGGCACGACGCCAGCGCGCUGCACGACAAGCUGGCAUCGGCCACACGCACGCUCGCCAACAACAUCGAUUCAAUGGAGCGGGUUCGUUUGAGCUGGGAGGCCUUCAUCCGCCACCACGAGGAGUUCGCCACGUGGAUCUCGGAGAAGGAGGCACAGAUCCAUGACGCAGAGAGCCCUGGCAACACGGCCGAGACACAGCUUCAGAAAUCCCAGGCUCUGCUCGAGGAGAUCGAGGCCCGGCGGGGUGAGGUGUCCACCCUGGAGGAGGAGAGCCAGGCGCUGGCGUCACACGUGCGUCCUGCCGAGGUGUCCCACGUCAAGGCCCGCCUGGCGCAGCUGUCGCGCCGCACGGAAGAGCUGCGGGCCCUCGCGCAAGCCACUCACGCCUCCUCUGUCGAGGCCGUGGCGCUCGGGGACAAGUUUGAGGCCGAGCUGCAGCAGGCCUUGCGAGCCCUGGGCGGGCUGGAGGACCUGUUGCAUGCUCCAGUGCAAAACUGCACUUGUGUUGCGCAGACGUACAAAGCACUGCUUGCUCACAUGGAUGUGAGGCAGGCCCUCGAGGUGGAGAGAGGCCAGCUGGGCGGCCUGGCCGGAGAGGCCCCGCGCGUGAGGGACGGUGGCCACGCCGUUGAGGAAGUGGAGGUGCUUCAGCAGCGUUACCGUGAUGACUUGACGCUGGCCGCCGACAAGCAGCAGCGGCUCGAGGAGGUUCUGGCCACGUGGCAGAGGUUUGAGAAAGAGCGGAGUGCUUUCGUGGUGUGGCUGGAGAAGAGCGAGGCGGCCGCCUGCCCACGCUCUCCUCACCUGCCGGCCGACCAGGCUCGCCUCGACUCAGAGAUCCUCAACCUCAAGGAGCUGCGCAAGGACGUAGAGGCGCAGGAGGCUCCGCUCGUGUCGCUGGACGGGCAGGUGGAGGAGCUGCUCGUGUCGGCGCCCGCGGACGGCGCGCAGGAGCUGCUGACGAGCCGGCAGCUGCUGCGCACUCGAUGGGAGGCGCUGCCUGGCGCGCUCACCAAACGAAUGUCUAGUCUCCAGGACGCGCGCGCCGCCCAUCAGCAGUUUGAGGAGACGCUGGAGUCCUUCUCCGAAUGGAUCCUGCACUUCCAGACGACACUGCAGGGCUCCAGCGGGAUGAACAUUUCUGACCUUCAGUCAUCCGCCGCACAGAUCAAGGACCAGAUGGCGGCCGUGAGCCGGCAGAAGGCAGCAGGCGUCUCCAUGGUGGCCCAGGUAACGGCGCUCUCUGACCUCUACGACACGCGGGACGCGCAGGCCCUCGCGGCUCGCUCCCAGGAGAGCCUGAGCCUCUUCCAUGAGCUGAGCGUCGUGUCCGAGAAGCGCGGCGAGUCUCUGGAGCAGCUCACAGGGUUCCUGGACGUGUGGCACAGCGCAGAGGGGAGGCUGCAACAAACCAGGGCCUCCGUCAAGCAGCAGGCCUCCGUCAUCGACCAGGCGAAAGUGGACUGUGUUAACGGCGAGCUGGACGAGAUGGAGCCAGCUUUGGUGGAGGUGGAAAGCCGCUCGGCUUCGCUAGACGGGCUCCUCACGCAGGCCCAGCUGUGGCUGCGCGAGGGCGGCGCGGAGAAGAGGCUGACUUGCCGGGCUCUGGCGGAGCGACUGCGGAACGAGCAGGAGAGGGUGAGAGCCCUCCUGAGCUCACAGCUCAGUCAGGCAGAGGAGACGCAGGCCCUGUGGCAGGCUUUCCAGCAGCGCAAGGAACGUCUGCUGAAGAACAUUGAAGACAUCGAGGAGAAGGCUGAGAAGGAAGCCUUGAAGGAGCCGACGCUUUACGCUUUGCAGCAAAGGCUGAGAAACUUCAAUCAGCUGGAGAAGGACCUGGAGCCGAGCCAGCAGGAGCUGCAGUGGCUCGUGGAGCGCUCGGAGACCCUGGCUCAGCGAGACGUAGCCCUGGGGGAGGAGGCGCGGCAGCACCUGCACCUGCUCAACCUCGCCUGGGAGGACGCGCACAAGGGCAUUAACCUCAGCCAGGACCAGUGCUGUGCCCUGGUGGCGCUGAUGCGAGAGUACCAGGGCUGCAAGGCGGCGCUCAACCGCGUCGUGGAAACGGCUGAGGGCGUCGUUUCCCAGAAGCCAUCACGCACUGACCGAGAGGAGAUUCGCAGACUUUUGACAAAGCAUGAGGCAUGCAGGGUUGAGCUGGCGUCGUGUCAGGAGCAGCUAGAGGAGUUCACUAUGCGCAGCAAGCAGGUGGUGUCCGAGAUCAGGAAGGUGCAGGGCUGUGAUGUCACCUCCCUCAAGGAGGAGACGGAGAGCGUGCUGGACGGAUGGCUCGAUGUGACUGACCGGCUGGAGGAGAGCACGGAGAGCCUGAAGGUGACGGUGUCUCUCUGGGAGGAUGUGCACCGGACCGGUUCUGAGCUGGAGGCCUGGUCAGCUGGCACCCUGGCUGAAAUCUCUCAGACCAUGGCCGACUUGAGCAACAGUGCCGUACUCGAGAAGCGCCUGCUGGAGGUGCAGGCCGAGGUUGAAAACGAAAAGAACAAGGUCGAGUCUCUGCACAAGAACAUUGCGGAGCUGCAACAGCUUCUGCAGAUGUCAAGCAUCCCAUCAGAGCUCCAGGCCCUGGAGUCGGAUGUGCAGCAGAGGGUGGAGCAAGUGGAGGAGGCGUGCCGCUCGGCACGUGGGACGCUGCGAGAGUUCAGCAGCCAGAGGAGCCAGCUAGAGAGCUACAUCGUGGGGCUGGACGAGUGGCUGGGAUCCGUGCAGAGCUCGCUCAACGCCCUGGCCGUCAGCCCUGGGGCACAGCACGUCCAGAAGGCCAAGGAGGUGCAGCAGGAUCUGCUCGCGCAGCAGAGCAACAUUGAUGCCGCGCGGGAGCACCUCAACGGCCUGUGCCGGCGCUACCACGCGAGUGAGCUGGAGGCCCUGGGCGCGCGCGUCACUCAGCUGAUCCGCUCCUACGAGACGGCCAACCAGCUGUGCACCAGCACCCGGGACCAGCUGCAGCACAUCAUGGACGGGGAGUUCUCCGGGGCCUUGCAGGUGUUCAACGAGUGGUUUGCCGAGGCCAGGGUCAAGGUGAAAGAUUGCGCGGACACGUCGGGCGAUGUAACCGUUGUCGAAGAAAAACUUCAGAAAAUCAAGAGCUUCCUGGACUCGGUGCCCGAAGGUGAGAAACUGCUGGAGUUGGCGGCCGAGAGCGGGGAUCGCCUGGCAAGCGGGAUGCCACGCGCCAUGGCCGAGCAAGUCCAUGGGCAGGUUCACAGUGGUCGCGCCGAGUGGCAGGCGUUUGUGGCCCAGAGUCAGCACCACAGCGAGAGCCUGCAGGACGCCCUCGCUGAGCUGCAGAGCUGUGAGGGGGAGCUCAAGAGGCUGACUCUGUGGCUGCAACAAAUGGAGGAACGUGCCCUCACCGAGGAGCUGGGCGCCAAGAAGCAGCACAUCCCCGAGAAGAAGGCCGAAGUGGAGAAGGUGGAUGACUUCUACCAGGAGCUCCAAAAGCAGAGGGAGGCAAUUGAAGCGCUGGGACUGGAGCUGCAGGCACUGGCGGACGUGGAGCUGUCUCGCCGGUCCACGCUCGCCACGACGCGAUACCACGACCUCGGCGCCUCCGCCAGGGAGAAGCUGCGAGCAUCGCGCGCCGCCCUAACGGAUCACCAGGCUUUUGAGGAAGCCCUGCAGGGGGCCUGGGCGUGGGUGAUGGGUGUGCGUGACCGGCUGCCUGCCAUCGACAGCACCAUCGGCAGCAAGGCCACACUCGACAAGAGGAUGUCACAGAUCAGGGAGAUCCUGUUGCUGAAGGGAGAGGGGGAGGUGAAGCUGAACCUGACAAUCGGGAAGGGCGAGCGCACCAUGCAGAGCAGCAGCGAGGCGGGGCAGGACGUGAUAAGCGGACAGCUGCGUGACCUGCGCGACGUAUGGAAGGAGGUGCUGGACACCUCAGUAAGCUGCCACAGCCGGCUGGAGGCAGUGAACCAACAUUGGCAGGCGUACCUCGAGAGCAAGGCACACUUCUCCGAGUGGCUGGAGCGCGUCGAGCUGGACCUGGCCGACCCGACGCCGGGCGCCGCGCUGCUGCCCGCGGACCUGGCCGAGAAGACCGCGCGGCUGGAGCGCUACCGCGCGCUGCUCGCCGAGGCCGAGGGCCGAGCCGGCGGCCUGGAGCGGCUGGUGGAACGCGCGCGCGAGCUACUCGAGCGUACCGGGGACGCCUCGUUCCGCGAGGAUGGCACGGGCGAGUACCGAGCACACUUCAACGACGUCAUGGCCGUCGCCAAGGGCAAAGUGAAGCAGCUGGAGGAGACGGUGCGGGAGCAUCAGCUGUACCAAGAGAGCGUGCGCGAUGUCAGCGACUGGCUGCACUCCGCCAAAGAGGAGCUGCAGCGCUGGGCCGACGUCUCGGGCGACACGGCCGCACUGCAUCGCAAGCUCAACAAGAUCAAGGAGCUGUUGGCCUCUGUUGGGAGCGGAGAGGAGCGGCUGGCUCGGGCUCGUGCCCUGGCCGCUGAAGUGAAGAGGAAGACAGCGCCGCUGGGAUGCGAGGCGGUGGAGCGUGAGCUCAGCGGCCUGGAAGCCGACUGGCAAACCUGGGAGGCGGCGGCGAGGCAGGUGGAAGCGGCCUUGGAGCAGGCGCUGGAGCAGGCCCUGCGUUCAGAGCGCGAGUUUAACGCCAUGUCGCAGCAGCUGGAGAGCGAGCUGGCACGUGCCACGCACGUCCUCGAGGAGGCGCUGAGAGCCAUGCCGGCGGCCGAGGAGGCCGGAGACACCGAUGAGGAAAUCGUGGACAUCUGGAGGAGGGCACAGGACGCACAGAAAUGUCUUAAGGACAUGGAAUCACUCAACGAGAACAUCAAGGCUCAGCUGGGCAGCUUGUGCAAGUUCCCACAAGAUGUCAGCGCAGUCUCUGAAAGGAUCUCUACAAUAAUACGAGACUGCAAUAGGGCCUGCCUGCAGGGGUCCCAGCGGUGCCUGGCACAGGAGAAAGUGCUGGAGUCGCGGUUCCGCUCUGCGCUUCGCGAUGUCCAGCUCUGGAUGGCGCAGGCCCGGGCCUCGCUCGUGCAGGGUUCGGACACGGGCGUCGCCGUGGUGACGGACAGUUUACAGAAGACACAGGAGGUGCUGUCGCAGAGCGAGGAGGGCCAGAGCAGGCUGAACACGCUGGCGUCGAAGGGAGAGCUGCUCAUGAGCGUGCUGGGCCACGAGGAGGCCGGAGGGGUGCAGGCGGAGCUGGCCUCCGCUCGCGAGGAGUGGAAGGCGCUGCUGGGCAGCCUCAACAAGCAGGAGGCUCAGCUGCAGGGCCUACAGGAACAGCUGGAGGAGCUGGAGGCCUGCGCGGCACCUGUGCAGAAGUGGCUCGGAGAGACGGAGACGUCGCUCGCACAGGCCGCCGACGGAGGCGCCCAGGCCGAUCUCCCGGCCAAGCGGCAGCUUCAGCGACGGCUGCAGUCGGUGCUGGAGGACGUGGCUUGCCACGCACCGCAGCUGGCGCGGCUGAGGGAGAGGGCCCAGCAGAUGGCAGAGGCCUGUGCCCCGGCCGCGCACAGCUUUGGCCUCAGGGUGUCGGCGCUGAACACGCGCUACCUUGCCCUGGCUAACCUUGCCAAGGACCAAGCCCAGAGAGCCACGCGCGCCCUGCAGGAGCACCAGCAGUUUGAGCAGGGCUGGCGGGAGUUGCAGGACUGGCUGGCAGACGGUCGCCUGCUGCUGGACACGUACCUGGCGCCCAGUGGCGAUCGCACCGUGCUGCGCAGUCGCCUCGCCAAGGUGGAGGCGCUGGUGGCGACGCGGCUGGAGAAGGAGAUUCAGCUGAACCUCGUGCUGAGCCGUGGCGACACGGUUUUGCGCAGCACCGCGCCGGAGGGGGCCCCGCCGGUGCAGCAGCAGCUGCACGAGCUCAAGGAGGCCUGGGACGUGCUGCUGUCCGCAGCGGUGCAAUGCAAGAGCCACCUGGAGAGCGCCCUGUCCCAGUGGGAGAGCUACCAGGAGAGCUUCGGGCAAUUUUCGAGCUGGGUGGAGCGCGCCGAGGAGAAGCUGGGGGCCCUGCGCCAUCCCUGCCCUGAGCUGAGGGACAAGCAGGCUGCCUUGGACCGAGCCAAGCUGCUGGAGGAGGAGGUGGGAGGCCAUGCGGAGAUGCUGCUCAUGCUGCAGGAGAAGGGGCGGGGCAUGGCGGAGCACGCGCUCACACGCAUGGAGCUGCACGACCUCCAGGAUCGCCACGCCUCGCUCUGCGGCCGCGUCACGGACACGGUGGCAGAGGCAGAACAGAUGCUGCAGCUGCACCAGACGCUGCGGCAGCAGCUCAGUGAGUGCGAGGCGUGGCUGCGGUCGCAGCAGGACUCGCUGGCCGGCUGCAGUGAGAGCCCCGGCGAGGAGGACGAGCUCAACUCCAGGAUGGUGCAGCUGCAGGAGCUGCAGGCGCGGUGCGGGGACGGCGAGCGGCUGCUGGCGGACGCGGCGGCGUGCCGAGACCGCCUGCUGGGCGGCGGGGAGCCGUGGGUGGACAGCAGCGCCCUGGAGCUUCUGCGGCAGGACCUGGCGUCGUACCGGCAGCAGCUCGGCCACGCGGCCACGCGGCUGGGCGAGCUGCUCGCCGAGCACACGCUACUCGCCGAGCGCUACCGCGCCGCCGACGCGUGGCUCUCCGGCAUGGAGGGGGCGGUGAAGACGCCGCCGGACAGGAGCACGGAUAAGGGGGAGAAGUCACGGCACAUCGAGCAGCACAAGAGUUACUGCAGCGAGAUCGCAGACAAGAAGGAGGAGGUGGGGGGAAUCUACUCUUUGGCCCAAAACAUCAUCAAGGAAAGCCACUUUGUGACUCGAAUGGGCAGCUUGGCUACUCAGUUGUCCACCAGAUACCAAGCUGUGCUCCUAUCUGCUAAGGACCAGACAAAGUCCCUGGAGAAAGACCUAAAGAUGGUGGAAGAGGCGGAAAGUGGACUCUCCGCUGCCGACGACUGGUUGAAGGAAGCACAGUGCAACUUCGCCAACUUGAGCAGGAGCGCAGACUGCAUGGACAUGGCGAUGAUCACAGGAUACAUCAAGAAGAUACAGGUGCUGCAGGCCGGGCUGGAGAAGGGCCGGAAGCUUGCGCGAGCGGCGCGGGAGCGAUGCGAGCGCGCCGCCGAGUGCUCCCCCGCGGAGCAGGCGGAGCGACUGUGUGCGGACGCGGCGGGCGUCUGGGACCGGCUGGGCGAGCUGGAGGCGGCGGUCAGGGAGCACCUCGUGAGGCUGGAGCGCUGGCGGCAGCUCGGGGCCGAGCUGGACGGGAGGCGGCAGAGGCUGGCGCGCUGGCUCGGCGAGCAGCGCGAGCUGCUGUCCACGCCGCCGGAGCCCAAGCCCGAGCUCUACGAGAAGAAGGCCCAGCUACACAAGCACAAGAGUAUAAUGCAGGCGAUCCUCUCGCACGAGGCCGCGGUGGCCUCGCUCAUCGAAAAAGGCCACGCAGUGCAAGAGUUCACAGCAGACCCUUCCAUCGGGCAGAGCCUCCUGGACCUGCAGGGGGAAUUUGAAGAGAUCCGAGAAAUCAGCAAGCGCUACGUGGAGGAUGCCGAGGCAUGGCUGAGGCAGCACGAGGAGUACCGCGGCCUGCAGCAAGCGCUGGAGGAGUGGCUCCUGCACGUGUCUGGGAGGUUGCUCGCUCCCACCACCGUUCCCGGCGCCACGCUGGAGGGCACCACCCAGCACAUGGCCCAGCACAAGGCGCUCAUGGAGGAGAUCGUGGGCUUCGAGCAGCGGCUGGAGCAGCUGAAGAGCAAGGGCGAGCAGCUGGUGACAAGCGGGGGGGAGCGCAACGGCCCGCGCCUCCGGCAGCACGUGCAGGGCAAUGUGCAGGCGAUCGAGAGCAGCUUCCACGCUGUGUGCACCACCGCCGACACGGUGCACCAGAGCCUGGAGCGCGAGCUCCAGAGCCGGGCCAGCUACGAGGACACCCUGCAGCAGGCCAACAGCUGGCUCGACACGGCCGCCCAGGAGAGCGGCACCCUGCAGAGAGACCCGGCCCUGUCGCUCGAGCAGGCACACGCCCAGGCAAGGGACGUGCGCACGCUGCAGGAGCAAGGUGCCACGUACCUGCAGCUGCUGUCCUCCCUGUCCGAGCCGUCCGACGCGGUCACGCAGCAGGCGGCCGCUCACAUCCGGCAGGCCGGGCUGCAGCUGGAGGACGUGCUGGUGAGGCACCAUCAGGUGGUGCGGCACUGGGAGGAGGUGGAGCAAGGCAGGGCGGAGCUGCGGAGCUGGCUGGCGGACGCGGAAGAGGCGCUGCUCAGCCUGCAAAGCCAGCCCAGCGAGUUGGAGGGGAAACGGGCAGAGAGCAAGCUCGCUCAGGCACAGACGUUCACCGAGCAAGUGCUGGCGAAGGAGACGGCUCUGCUCGCCCUGUCGGAGCGUGUCUCCGCACUGACGGACGGGCGGGAGUCCCCCGAGCAUGGCGUCCUGGAAGACGUGCGCGCGCGGUGGCACGAGCUGUGCGUGUGCGCCGGCGAGCUGUGCGUGCGGCGUCAGCGGGACGCGGAGAGGACGAGCGUGUACCGCCGUGCCGUGCUGGAGAUGCAGGAGCUGCUGGAUGCCCUGGCCAAGGAGUGGGAUGUCCUGGCCAGGGCUGACACAGACAGCACUGCUGCACAUCUGGAAGCCCUGGGGCAGCUGGCAGAGAAGAUGCAGAGACACCAGCGGAGCCUGGAUAAAGUGAAGCAGCAGAGGCAGAGGGUGGUGGAGCACCUGAGCCUGGAAGACCGGGAGCUCGUGCGUGAGCAGACAUGCCAUGCGGAAGAGUGCUGGGCGCAGCUCACCGCCCAGGUGGAACGCAGGAUCCAGGUGUCGGUGGCUGCUCUGGAGGAAAUGGAGCGAUGUGACUGUCUGCUGCUCGAGCAUAUGACCUGGUUCUUGAGCCAGCGGGAGCACCUUGGGGAACUCUUGAAGGCUGCCUCCGAAGCCCCCCAGUCUGAUAUUGUGCACACACUGCUCAAGAGGCACGCAGAAAUGAACGCAGAAAUCGAGGGCAAGCUCCUGGAAAUGAGUAGUGUUCUAAAGGAUGCUGAAAUGCUGCUUGGCAACCUGGGUAAAAUCGAAAGGCUGAGGCUGGAAAAGACAUUGGUGGAUUCCCAACAGUCCAUGAAUGGAGCAAUGGAAGCUGCGACGCUCUGCCGCAGACAGCUUCAGAAGAAGAUCUCGGAUCAGGCUCAGUUUUUCCGGCUCAUUCAGCAAUCGCAAUAUUGGCUGCAACAAGCGGAGAAAAAACUGAGUGCGGAAGACCACGUGGCACUGAUGCCGCAGGACAUUAGCAAGCAGUUGCAGGUUUGCAAGAGCAUGCACAGCAGCUUGAAAGUCUACCAGUCCGAGCUCACAGCUCUCUGGUCAAUGAACAGGGAGCUAUUGGCUGAUGGCGAGUCGGAGAAGCCCGAGUUGGAGAUGGGACUGCGAGAUUUGCAAAAACAGUACGAUUCGUUGGUGCUCAAGUCUACGCAAAGGUUGCAGGAGCUGGAAAAAUGUUUGCAUUUGAGAACGCGUUUCAAGGCAGACCUGGACAAGGUGAGCCAGUGGUUGAAGCAGGCUGACAUUGUGACCUUCCCUGAAGUCAGUCUAAUGUGCUUGGACUUUGAGCUGAACGCUCAAAUUGAGAAGUACCAGCAAAUACUCUCCGAAGUGCCUCAGAAUGAAAACCUUUUGCUCUCCAUCCAAAGGAGCGGCCAGGAAAUGAUUGAAUCUCUAAAUGAGUUUGACCACUCCUUCCUCGUGGAGAAGAUGGCAAGCCUCCCCACUCACUUCAAAGUGGUUGUUGCGCUCACGCGAGAAAGGUGCGAGCGUGUGCAGGAGGCCUUGGCGAGCCGCAAGGAAUAUUCAGCCCUCAUGGAAUUGGUGAGCAAUGCCGUCGAAGAAAUUGAGCAGCAGCUUCAAACUCUGAGCAAAGACUCGGUGUCUCUCCCCGCAGAUGAAACGACAAGUAAGCUCGAGCAGUACAAAGCCUUGCAGACUAAAGUCGCUGAGAUCCAGCCGUCCGUCGAUCACCUGAAACAAAAGAAAGAGGGUCUGAGCAGCACUGGCCAGCCAUGGCUGCCGGACGAGAUGGUGGGGGUGACGAGUCUCUACCAGCGGUUAGCUCGGCAGGUGGGGUGCAAGCUGGAGGAGAUGCAGGAGGCGGUGGCAUCGCGUCAGCGUUAUCAGGCCACAGUGGAGAUGCUCGAGAGACACCUGGAGGCUAUACACCUGGAGUUGGAGCAAGUUGACCAGGAAACGACGCCAGUGGAGGAGAAGCUUAAACGCUACCGUGCACUCUCCAGCAGGCUGCAGGAAGCACAGGCGUUGCUGCAGCAGGCGAGGGAGCAGGCACAAAAUUUCAUUGCGGAGUUGGACGACCCGACACAGGAGACGGUAAAUCAGCAAACUCAAGUCUGGCAAGAGACGCUGCACUCCCUGCAGAGUGGACUUGGAAUGUGCGCUCUCGACUGCGAGGCCAGGCUCAUCCAGUGCCAAGACUUCCAGUCCGAGAUCGACCUCCUGAUACGGUGGCUCCAGGAGAAUGCAAAGGACCUGCAGAAGCCGCUUGCCAUGGGCCUGAAGACAGCCACCGUGCAGGAAGAGAUCAGGAAGCUUCAGCUUCUGCGGGAGGAGAUGCAGUCCCGGCUGCGCAUCAUGUCGGCCCUGAGCAGUCGCGCCGCCCAGCGGUAUGCCGAGGCGAGCGAGCCCGUGCCCAGGGACAUGGAGCGUAAACUCGCCGAGCUCCAGCAACUGCAUGAGCUGUGUCAGCGGGCACUGCACAAUAAAGAGGCGGCGCUGGAGCAAGCCGCCAAUGUCCGCCAGACAUUUCAGAAGGCUCUACAGGACGCCUCCGGGUGGCUGCAGGACCUGGGGUCACGGGUUCAGCAGCAGGGCGUGCUCGCGGAGGGCCUGGACGUGGAGAACUCCCAGGAGAGUCUGGAGAACCUCCGUGGGCUCCUGGGCAGACAGGCGGAGUUUGAGAGCAGACUGGUCGAGAUGAACGAGGCAGCAUCGCAGCUGGAAGACAGCACGGGGGAGGAGGGAAGAGGGGAACUGACGAGGACCCUGCACUCACUUCAGGAGCAGAAGUCGAUCAUUACAACACAGGCUAAAGACAGACAGCAGCAAUUUGAGAGCUGUGCGGCAACGUGGGAGGCGUUCCAAAGAACGCGGCACGAGGUGAUCACACAGCUGAACGGCACGGAGGCCGAGCUCUGCAAGCUGUCCGCCCCGCAGACCUGCUCCGCACAAGAGGCCUCCGGCAGGCUCCAGCAGCAGGAGCUGCUGCUGGCGAGUGUGAACUCGCUGCAGGAGAAGUUGGCCUCCCUGGAGGAGAUGGCCUCUCAGCUCGAGGGCCUGGCCAGUGGGCCAAGCAAGGCCGCUGUAGGCCGCAGCAUGACGGCGGUGUGGCAGCGAUGGACGCGGCUACGCGGGACGGCUCAGGAGCAGGAGUCGAGCUUGCAGCGAGCGCUCAGUGGCUGGAAGGGGCUCGCCCAGGAGAUGCAGAAGGCGACGCUGGUGCUGGACGGCCUGCAAGAGCGGCUUCCCGACAGCUCCGUUGAGAAGGCCUCUCGCGCCGAGCUGCAGCAGCUGAGCGACUACACGGAGAGCUUCGGCCGCGAGGUUGAGCGCGAGUGCUCCGUCGUGGCCUUGCUACGCCAGCAGGCCCUCGGCCUCUUCAGCCGACCAGCGUCGCCGCCGCCACACGAGUCGCUGAUGAUGCAGGAGAUCAAGGCUAUGGAGGAUCGCUACGAAACAUUGAGACAGAAGGUGAACAGGAGCCGGAAGUCAGUGGAGAGGGAGAUGGCGGAGAGAGCGGCUGUGGAGCUUCAGCUGGGCUCGCUUCAGACUUGGAGCCAGGAGGCCGGAGCCUUCCUCCACAACCCGGGCAGUGGGAGUCACGAAGAGCGUCUGCGCAGGCUCCAGGAGAUCCGCGAGGAGGCUGCGUCACACCUGUGCGCUGUGGAGGAGCUCACGGGGAGAGAGCAGAUCAAGUACCUGGAGUUGUACACCAUCCUGCCGGCCGAGAUGUCCACACAGCUCGCUCACAUCUCCAUCGCUCUACAGGCCGUGCUUGACCAAGCUCAGGCAAAGGAGAAGGCCCUGCUUCAGGCCAGCAGCGCACAGGAGGCAUUUGAAAGGAAGAUCACCGACAUCACGGAGGGGCUGUGCAACAUUGACCGUUCUCUCAAAAACAAGGCCACCAACCUGGCCCAGGCCAAGACUGAUCAACAGCGCGUGUGGGAGCAGCUGGAUGGCUGGCACGGGCGGCUCGUGGAGCUGGACGCUGGCGUGCAGGACUUCACCGAGCAGAACCCCGAGCUGGGCCACGCGAUGAGCGAACGCACCCUCACGCUCUCACACCUGUACCAGCAGGUGUGCAGGCAGGCUGAGUACCGCUCUGUCCUGCUCACCAAGGCUUUCGCUAAGUUUGACGAGUACCAAGACCUGCACAGUGCGGUGCUGAAGUGGAUUGAGAAAGCGCAACACUUGACGUUGACCGACAUCGUUUGGAGCUCGGCAACCAAACUCGCUGAGCAGCUGAUAUCUCAUCAGACCAUUCUGCAUGAGUCGGCCGAGACCCUGGUGGACCUAGAGGCCAUGCUGGGCAAGGUGGACGUCCUGUCGGCCGUGUAUGAGGUGGAACACCUGGUGCAGGAGAUCACGGAGCUUGACCAACGCAUGGCCUCACUCCAGAAGGUCCUCCAGGCCCGCCUGCAGCUCUUGCUGGAUGCCACCAAGGACAUCGAGAUGCUCGAGUCGGAAGUGCAGUCACUGCAGGCGAGCGUGAGACAGGCCAAGGCCAUGCUCGCUUCCCCAGAGCUCACCCAGCUGGCGCUCAAGGAGCAGCUCGUGCACAGACAGCGACUCCUGGCCGACAUGGAGCUGUUCAAGCAGAAGGUGGCGGCGGUGCAGCAUCGGCAGGGCGGGCUACGCGUGCCGGCCGAGGUGCUCGUCUCGCUGCCCAUCCUGGGCACCGCCGCCCAUCUCCAGGACGAGGCCAGCCGCCUGCAGCACCGCCUCAUCCGGCAAGUCAGCCUCCUGCAGGAGGCAGACGCGCAGGUGGAGCGGCAGGAGGCCGAGGUGCGCCGCGUGCAGCGCCUGCUGGAGGAGGCGCGGCUCCAGGUGGAGGAGGGCCCCGUGUGCCCGGGCAGCGUCGCGGAACUCACGGCACAGAUCGCGCGCCAUGAGGAGAUAUCGGACAGGAUACAGAGUUACAAGGAGCGGAUCCUGGAGCUAACGGCACAGAGCCGACACCUGCUCAUCCAGACAAGGGAGGCGGCCAUGCUUCUUACAGUCGACGAGGAUGGGGGAGACACAUCCUCGCGGGAUGGGGACGACGACGACGACGAGAUGGAGUUACAUGCAUCACCGCGCCACCUGAGCACUUCCGUCGUCAUGGUGACAGCUGGCCGCUGUCACACCGUGCUGACACCCGUCAACGAGGAGUCUGGGGAAGAAGACGAGGCCAGUGAGGUGGCCUCUCCAGCUCGCUUCCUCUCGCCGACCAAAAUCCACAGCUCAUUUACGAGCCUGUCCACAAGCCAGGGUCGCAGGCCCAGGGAGAGCGGAACGGCCUACGAGGCCUCCGUGCUGCACCUCGCCGCUCGCAUGGAGGAGGCUGAGGCCCUGCUGAAGGUGCUGGGGACUGGUGGUGGAAGCCCCGAGGCACGGCUGGCUGAGUUACUGCGGGUGCAAGAGGAUGUGUGCAGCGUGCAGGACGGCGUCCUGGAGCUGCAGACCCACUUCGCCGAGGAGCUGGUGGACGAGACGCUGGAGGGAGACACGGCCGAGCAGCUGCGCACGCAGGCCGAGCUCACCGCGCUGGCGCAGCGCGCCGCCACCCUGCGCUCCCGCGCAGAGCAGCAGCAGCAGAAGCUGGAGGAGCGGCUGAGCGCCGACUUGCAGCAGCGGCGCACGCUGCAGACAUUUGAGCAGGAGGCUGCCGAGCUGCAAGCGUGGCUGCAGCGGCAACACGAGGCCCUGGGGGUGGGCGCCUGCUCCUCGGCCGACAGCCCAGCGGGAAUGGAACUGCAGCUCCUCGAGUGCCAGUCGAUGUUGGGCGAGAUUGAGCGCAAGGUGUCGUGGCUGGAGAGGGAGGCGGGCGACGCGGGGGGAGCGAGGCACGAGGCGGAGGAGCUCGCCGACAGACUUGUGGCGCUCAGGGCCGCGCUGCUGGAGCUGCAGGCGGCGCUGCUGGAGAGGCAGAGUAGCAUUCAGGAGGCGUGCGUGGGCAUCGCGGACGACGGCACGGUGGAGGCCGGGCCCAGCAUCCAGGAGUGGCUGAGUGAGGCCAAAGCGCGGCACGUGGUUCGCCAGGACACGAUGCAGAGACAGAAGCAGGAGCUGGAGCAGCAGCUGGCGGAGCAGAAGAGCCUCCUCAAGUCGGUGGCAAGCCAGGGGGAGCUGCUCCUCUCGCACAGCAAUGAAGCCCAGAGCGGCCAAGCGGGUGGCGGUGUCGUCGCGGGUCCGGACUCUCUCUCCGAAGAGGUCUCCUUUGAGCCAGAGAACGGCAGUCGACAGAUGCGUAAGAAGUGGCAGCUGCUGGGCCAGGAGGUGGCCAACAAACAACGGAUCCUGCUGGAGACGCUGCAGCAGGACACCUCCAUGCAGGUGUACGGCCGAGCGAGUGGCACUGCAGGCGCUGGGGCGGCGCCAUUCCUGGUGGACCACGGGGCCCUGGAGCGCUCGCGAGACGCCGUCCUCGUCACCUACAGCGGCCUCGAGGAGGCGCUGGAGGACGCUGGCCUCCAGGGCCACCACCCUGUGUCGGUGGAGCUCGGUCUCGAGCUAGAGCAGAAGCUGUUCACGGCCUCCAAGGCCACGAGUGGGUGGCUCGACGGCGUGGAGGACAAACUGUUUGCCAGUGCUGCUGCGCCGCCUGACGAGAUGGAAGCGCACCUGUGUGUGCAGGAAACACUGUACAGGGACGUGGCGCGGAUCGCUGAGGAGGUGGACGUGAAGAAGCAGAUGUUCCUGAGCGUGCUGCCCGCAGAGACCGGAAACGGGGCGGAGAUCGGGGCGACCCUGGCCACGCUGGGGGAGCGGCUCGGCACGCUCGAGCACAUGGUGCAGCAGCGCUCCGACGCGCUCAGGGGGCGCCUCGCAGAGGUCACCGAGUACCAGACGGAGCUGAGUGUACUUCAAGGCCUCCUGUCUGACCAUAAGAGCUCCAUUCAGCAGAAGCUGGCUGACAGCUUGGAGGAUAAAGUUUCUGAGCAACUGCAGGUGCUGGAGGAUCUGGAGGCAGGCCUGCGUGCGCUGGAGAUGCGUGUGUCCGCGUUGAAGGAUCACCAUGAGGAGCUCGAUCCAGCUGUCCUGCAGGAAUCUCACAGGCUGCAGGACACGUACGAGGAGCUGAUGAGACUGCUGGGGGCGCGGCGAGCGGAGUUAGGCCAUGACCUGGCACUGGAGGCACAGCUGGAGCGAGCGCUGCGUGACCUCUCGGACAUGAUCGACAUGGGAAACAAGAAGCUGGCGUUUGCCACGCACACCUCGGCCGGCAGCCGGGAGCAAGUCUCCAGCCAGCUACACAAGCACAAGGAUUUUUUCCAGAGCCUGGCGGGGCUGCAGCUGAGUGUCGAGGGCCUGGCUGAGAGCGUGUGCCGUGGGAGUCGGCAGCGCCAUGCCAAGCUGCGCUCGGGGCUACUGGCGGCGGCCGCCGCUCUGCAGGACAGAGCGCACGAGCGCGGCGUCCAGCUCGAGCGCAUCCUGCAGAUGUGGGGCUCUGUGGAGGCGGAGUGUGGUAGCCUGGCGGAAGAACUGCAGGCCAUGGAGAGUGGCCUCCCCACAAGCGGGACGCAUGAUGAGACUGAGGAGGCGCUCGCCAACCGUGCUGCCCUCUACAAGAAACUCAAGGAGAGCCUUGCGGAGAGGCAACCUCGGCUGCACGCGGUGCUGGAGGACGGGCGGCAGCUGCUGGGCUGGCUGUCGUGCCCCGCGCUCGACUCGCAGCUCACGGAGCUGGGCGAGCGCUGGCUCGGCGCUUCGGCGCGCACCGCGCGGGAGCUGCAGCGAGCGGAGGCACUGCUUCAGCACUCGGCCAGGUUUCAGAAGGAGAGCGCUGAACUCUGCGAGUGGCUCGAGGCCUCGGAGGCGAAGGUGGCAAUCUGGAGGGAGCACGUUCUCAACGAGCCGCAGGACCCAGAUGUGACACGGCAGCACCUGUCAGAUUUCCUGACCUUUUCGAAAGACGUGGACGCCAGGGUGGCCCUGAAAGCGUCGGUCAUGAGCACGGGGGGCCAGCUGCAGCGGCUGAAGCGGGCGGAUGUCGCUGACGUGCGGGCUCGCCUGGCGCAGCUGGACGAGCGCUGGUGCCGCUUGCUGGCGGUCGUGCCCCUGCUGCAGGACAAGCUGCAGCAGGCACAGAUGGAGAGACUUCCAUCCCGAGAGGCGAUGACCGAGAUGGGAAACUGGAUGGAGCUGAUGGAGAAGAUGGUGAAGGACGAUGAGAUCAAGAUCCAGGAUCUGGCGGGAGCCGAUGCUGUCAAGCGACACCUCCAGAAGUACAGGGGCUACAAGGUGGAGCUGGGCAGCAAGCAGCUGGUGAUCGACUUUGUGAACCAGUCGAUGCAGCACGUGAGCGGCCAAGACGUGGAAAGCAAGCGUAGUGACAAGACCGACUUUGCCGAGCGACUGGGAACCAUGAACCAACGCUGGCAGCUCCUGCAGGCAACGGUCACCAACAAGGUCCAGGAGCUGGAGGCUGUCCUGGAUGGCUGGGCCGAGCACGAGAGCAGUGUGCAGUCGCUGCGCUGCUGGCUGCAAGAGCAGAGCACACGGCUGCAGGGCUUCCAGCGUGCCGGCGACCAGGCGUCCGUCCGCACUGCGCUCAAGGAGUGCCAGGAAAUGGAAGAGCAGCUGCGGGUGAAAGAGAAGGAGGUGGAGAAGGUUGAGCACCAUGGGCUCUCUCUGGGGCAGGGCCGAAGCCCUGCGGUGUCCGAAGCCGUCAUGUCCACCCUGAAGGACCUCAAUCAGCUCUGGGCCAGUGUGGACCAUCAGGUGGGACAGCUGAAGAUCGGCCUGCAGGCCGCACUGGAGCACUGGCGGCUCUACAGAGAAGCCCUGGAGGACGUGAACGGGAGGAUGAUGGAGAACAGCUACAAGCUGGCACGGUACCAGGCCCUGUCAGGCUCCCUGGAGGCCACCGUGUGUCAGGAAGGGAACCUCAAGACCUUGCAGGAAGAGAUGGAGAAGCACGAGGGGUGCAUCGGCAGAUUCAGCGCCGUCACGGAGCAGCUCACGAAGGGGUUCCACCCGGCGAACAACGAGAGCCUUAAAAAGACUCAUCGAGAUGUCGCGGAGCGGUGGAGCGCCUUUCAGCGGGAGCUGCUGGAGGCUCUGGCCUCAUGCAGGGCCCUGCUAUCCGUGUGGAGCACCUACCGCGACCGGCACGCCGGCUUGGAGGAGGAGCUCCAGCGGCACGAGGAGCGUAGUGCUGAGCUUCUCAAGACCACCUCCGCCAAGGACAGCGGCGACGGGGAUGUGGCACUGCCACUGCUGGAUUGCCAGGCCCUGCAGAGCGAAGUGGAGAAGCUCCAUGGUCCCCUGGUGGAGCUGUCACAGCUCGGGGAGAAGCUGAGGGCACGGCUCGAUGAGAAGGUGGCUGCUCGCAUCAAGGGAGAACUUGGAGCAAUCACUCUCCGGCUAGAAAACCUGCAGCAGGCACUGACACGCCAACAAGGCAGCCUACAGGGUGGGCUGGAGGAAAACAAAAGAUUCUUCCAGAGUCUGGAGUCACUUGAAGGAUGGGCCAAGGAGUCAGAGGAGGUCCUCAAGCCCAACGAUCCGAACAGCACGGCCAUACAGCAAGCCAUUCAGGACAGGAUGCAGCAGCUCAAGGAGCAGAUGCUGAAGUUUGGGGGCUUUGUGCCAGAGCUGGACCGGCUCAAUGAGCUGGGCUACCGGCUUCCCCUGGACAACCAGAGCAUACGGCGCUUGCAGCUUCUCAACCGCCGCUGGACGCUGCUGUCGGGUCACACCUGCGAGAGGUUUAGCAAGCUGCAGGAGUUUCUCUUGCAGCGCCAGAGCUUCCUGGAGAAGUGCGAGAGUUGGCUGGAGUUCCUGGAGCACACGGAGGGCACACUCGCCACAGAGAUCGCUGGCAGCCACGAAGCCCUCCUGGCACAGCAGCGUUCCCACGAGCUCUUCCAGGCGGAGAUGUUCAGCCGCCAGCAAAUCCUUCACUCCAUCAUUGUGGACGGACACAGUCUCCUGGACCAAGGCGAGGUGGAGGAUAGGGAUGAGUUUAACCUGAAGCUGACGCUGCUGAGCGACCAGUGGCAGGGCGUGGUGCGGCGGGCGCAGCAACGAAAAGGCAUCAUCGACGGGCUGCUGGCGCAGUGGCAGCGCUACCAGGAGCUCGCUGCCAAACUACGUGCGAGGCUCGAGCAAUGGGCCGACCUCGCCAGACCGCAGCCUCUCCCGCCGAGGUCGCUCAGCCUGCAGCAGGCCCGCGCACUCCUUGAUGACCUUCAGAUGCGUGAGAAGGCCUUCCAGAGGCAGCAAGGGAACUACAUCGUGAGCGUGGAGGCGGGCAAGCAGCUGUUGCUGUCGGCCGACGCGUCCACGGAGGAGGAGCUGCAGGCUGAGCUCACGGGAUUCCAGCAGAGCUGGAAGGCGGUUGGGAAACAUCUGGAGCAGCGGCGCCGCCAGGUCGCCACGCUUCUGCAGGAGUGGGAGAGUUGUGAGAAAGAAAUGGCUGAGUCACUGGAGAAGCUGAGAGGCUUGAAAAUCAAACUUUCAAACCCUCUGCCAGAGCAUCAUGAUGACCUCAAAUCUGAGAAUGUCAGCUGCAAGGAACUGGAGAGCAGCGUGGAGGACUGGGAGGCCGAGCUAGCCCAGCUGACCGCCAUGAGGGACGCCCUGGCCCGGCACUUUGGGGUGGACGACAUCUCAGGGCUGCAGGAGCGCAUGGAGCUGCUUCAACGCCAGUGGGAGGAGCUCGGUCAGCAGGUGUCCAUACGCAAGCAGAUGAUAACUGAGAGGCUGAACAAGUGGUCCCUGUUCAAUGAGAAGUACAAAAAGCUGUGCGAGUGGCUCGGGCAGAUGGAGAGCAAGGUGACACACAACGGAGAUGUGAGCAUUGAGGAGAUGCUUGAAAAACUUCAAAAGGAGCACCAGCAGGAGAUGAACGCGGGCGCCCAGCACCACGUGCAUCUGGACGAAAUGGGACGGCUCCUUAUGGGCGCCAGCAGUGAAAGCACAGCCUCAGAGAUUGAGUACAAGCUGAACAAGGUGGCUGACGGCUGGCGACACCUGCAGGACCUCCUCACGGCCAGGGUGAAGAAGUUGAGGGACACGCUGGUGGCCGUGCAGCAGCUGGAGCGCAACAUGAGCAGCCUGCGAUCCUGGCUCAGCCACAUCGAGGCCGAGCUGUCCCGGCCCCUCGUCUACGAGAGCUGUGAACGCCGCGAAAUACAACGCCAGCUCGGGCAGCAGCAGCAACUGCAGCGAGACAUCGAGAAGCACAGCGCGGGCGUGGGCUCCGUGCUGAGCCUGUGCGAGGUGCUGCUGCACGACUGCGAUGCGUGCGCCACCGAGACGGAGUGCGACUCGAUCCAGCAGGCCACGCGCAACCUCGACCGCCGAUGGCGAAACAUCUGCACCAUGUCCAUGGACCGCAAGUACAAGAUUGAGGAGACCUGGCACAUGUGGCAGAAGUUCCAGGAGGACUACUCGCGAUUCGAGGAAUGGCUUCGGAAGGCCGAGAGCACGGCCGCCAGCCCCAACACUUCAGGCAUCGUGUAUCUCGCUGCACGGGAUGAACUCAAAAAAUUCGAGGGGUUCCAGCGGCAGGUGCACGAGAGCCUCACACAGCUAGAGCUCAUCAACAAGCAGUACCGGCGGCUGGCGCGAGAGAGCCGUACGGACAGCACCUCGCGCCUACGCCACAUGGUGCUGGAUGGGAACCAGCGCUGGGACGAGCUACAGAAGCGCGUCGCCAUCAUCCUGCGCAGGCUGCGGCACUUCAUUGGGCAGCGCGAGGAGUUUGAGGCGUCGCGCGAGAGCGUGCUGGUGUGGCUCACCGAGAUGGACUUGCAGCUCACCAACGUGGAGCACUUCUCUGAGUGUAGCACCCCAGCCAAGAUCCGGCAGCUCCAGGCUUUCCAGAAGGAGAUUGCGCUGAACCGCUGCAAGCUGGGCCGGCUUGAGGACAUGGGCCAGCGACUGAUGGCGCGCAGCGAGCCGGGUGACAGCGCCGUCGUGGAGGACGAGCUGGAGGAGUUGCGCCGCUACUGCGCCGAGGUGUUCGGCCGGGUGGAGCGCUACCUGCGCAAGUUGACCACCACCGCCAUGGCAGCAGAAGAGACUGUGGAGGAGCUGGGGGAAGUGGGGGAGCCGUACUCCAUGUCCUGGUAUGAAGAUGAGCCAUCUUCUGCAUCCCGUAGCCCUGGCUCACCGGCGCAGCACGCACAAGGAGUAGAUGCGGGGGCCCUGCUGGGUGACAACGGGGAGCGCUUUGCCGGCGAGUCUUCACACUCUCCACUCAGGAGCUACGGGGAUCACUUGUACCCCGACAGCUCACACAGCCUUCUGCCAUUAAGACUCAGAGACCCCUCAGUCCCUGAGAGCUCGCACAGCCUGUCGCAGUCGAGACUGGAGCGCGAGAGGGGCCCUUCGGGACGGGAUACACCGGCCAGCAUCGACUCGCUACCCCUGGAGUGGGACAACUAUGACAUCGGCAAGGAGUUGGAUGCUUCCACCUCCAUGGCGGAGCGGCUGCUGUUGGACGAGCGUCUGGCGGGCGGCGAGGAUGAGGAGAACGAGGUGUCGGACUACUACUCGCGCAGCGGCCUCUCGGGUGAUGCAGUCGGUGCCGAGUGUCCCGCACGUGAUCUGGGUGACAUCCUCACCGACAGCGAGCGCCAGCUACAGCGCGCCGAGCGAGCAAUCGGUGGCCACGCACCAGCUGGGCACGGGCUCGACUCCGAGUACAAGGGCUAUGUGAAGCUGCUAUCCGAAUGCCAGAGCAGCAUUGAGAUGGUGAAGUGCGUCAGCGAGCAGCUCAGCGAGGACGACAAGAUGCCAGGGCUUGACGUGAUUACCACCUCUGAAAAGCAGUCCUCUGGUGUAAUCGAGCGCUGGGAGCUCAUGGAGGCGCAAGCUCUGGGCAGGGAGCUGCGCCUGCAGCAGGACCUGCAGCAGUGGGACCAGCUCAACUCCGACGUGGAGGCUGUUUGGGACUGGCUGAGCCAGGCCGAGGAUGAGCUGGGCCAGCUGCAGCGCUUGCACACCACAGCCGACAUUCGGACCAUCGAGGCGCGCAUCCAGAAGCUCAAGGAGCUCCGACAUGGCAUGGAGACCCGCAAGGCAGUGCUGCUCUCUAUCAACCUGUGCAGCGGGGAAUUCACGCCGGGCAAGAGCGCCGAGGUUGGCCAGCUGCGGCAGCGCCUGCGGCACCUGAACCAGCGCUGGGAACGCGUGGCGCAGAUGCUGGAGACCUGGCGGCUCUCUCUGCAAGAUGCGCUCAUGCACUGUCAAGAUUUUCACGAGAUGAGCCAUGGUCUCUUGGUCUGGCUGGAGAAUCUGGACCGAAAGAGGAAUGAGAUCCGCCCCAUCAGCCCAAGUCUUGACCUCGAGACUCUACAGGAUCAUCACAAAAUGCUCAUGCAAGUGAAGCGUGAACUGCAGGCCACCCAGGAGAAGGUGGCCUCCCUGCAGGACAUGUCGAGCCAUCUUCUCGUGAACGCCGAGGGUCAGAACUGCUUGGAGGCCGAGGAGAAGGUGCACGUCAUAGCCAACCGCCUUAAGCACCUCCUCAAUGAGGCCGACCAUGACAUCCGAGUGGUGGAGCGCUACAUGAGGACCUCCACCGACGAGCUGGACUCAUCGUAUGGUUCACCAGACGAAGAAUUGAACUGUCCGAUGGCCCUGCCAUCAUCUCAACAGCAGCAGAGACGGCUCCCAGGCAAAGAUAGUCUUUCUCAAUCUGGAGCAACCAGUCAAGAGCUCAGAUCUGAAUCGUUUACUGUCUUCCCCACCCAUAGCCAAAGUUUGCCAGGGGUGCGUGGCCAUUCUGGUGAGCGGGGCCCUAUGGGAGCGGGCGAGCAACGCGGCGGGCAGCGCGGCACGGAGCGCUCGCUGCUCCGGCGCGUGUUCCGUGCGGCCCUACCGCUGCACCUCUUCAUGCUGCUGCUGCUGGGCCUCGCAUGCCUCGUGCCCAUCUCCGAGCACGACCUCAGCUGCACGCUCACAAACAACUUUGCUCGCUCCUUCCACCCCAUGCUCCGCUACACCAACGGACCGCCACCCAUAUGAGCGCCGCCAGAUUGGCCCCGCUCCGAGUCAGUCACGGAUUGUGAAUGUCUGUGAAAUAAUAAUCAUGGAAUGAUCUCAGAGAUUGUAAGCCAACUCUGGCGAGAACUGCGGCAUGAAAAGAAAAUACCUUAAGUAGUCUGAAAUUGUCAUAAUUUAUUUAACUAUGAAUGGGAAUUUCGUACAGAGAAUCUGGAAUGUAUGAAGAGUUAUUUUUCACGCUGAAUAUUCUUAUACCACUGUAAUAUCUUUGGCCUCCGCCCACUCUGCCAUGUCGCUGCCCUGCAAAGCAGACUUGGGUGCAUGAAGAGAAAGCUUGAAUAGCAAGUGAAAACGACACUGUACAGUUCUUCAUAGCCACUUUAGACAUAAAACAGACGUGUAAUAGCAUGUGCAACUCACGUCCAGUAUUCUGUUAAUGGGCUGUAUUACGCUUACUGUAAUAUUCAGUGCCUCUUAACUAUAAUAUCUAGUCACUGAAAAAUACAAGGUUUGUGGCAAUUACUUUAAGAACCAUAUGACGAGAGUAAUAACGAACACUGUAAUUCCACAAUUUCAUAAUAGCACUCUUGCGAAAUGUAAAAAAUCCCACAGAACCAGCUCCUGUUAUCCGUGCCCUAAAAAGGCUGCGUGCAUAGGUUCAUUGGUAACGUGCGUCAAGUGAGUGAACAAAGAAUGGCGACCACGGACGCGUUGAGAUGAUGACAAAUUAGGAGUGAAUGCGUGUGCCGGCGUAUAUAAGCGAUGGUGUCCGUGCCCUCAGGCCCUGUAGAAGUGUGGCCGGAGUGGCGCACGGCAGCAAACGCUUGCACUGCACCGAUACCCGCCGGCUCUCACGCCACUGCCGUGAGAGCAGCCUGCUGUGUGAGUUAUACCUCAAGUUGUGCUUCUUUCUGUAAAUAUUUUUUGUUUGUACGUGCCUACUCUACUAAUGAUUACUUCUGCAUUCUGUUCGAUUAUGGUUAAUGUUUGCUCUUAGAGUUGGACGCCAAAGGGGCAUUCAUGUUUGUGUCCCUGCCAGCGGCAGAAGACACCAUAUGUACAGUAACAUGAGUGUGGAUGCAGAGUUAUGUGAAUGGAAGAAAGUUUGUAAAUGUUACAAUGUCUGAAAAUCUUGGUGUAAAGUAAUUUUAAUAGUGAACUCGGGGAGGAUAUAGUUGUAUUUUUCAAGGAAGGAAAUUUUUAAGACACGUAUAAUGUGCUUCCACCUUAAGCUGUAUUUAUGGUUGAUAGAGUUUGACACAAUUUUACUUGCAGCGUGAAAACACUUUGUUUUGAUUCCAUAACUUUAUUUGCGUUUUUGUUUUGCCAAAAAAAAUAUUGUAAGAUGUGUACUGUAUUUGUUUAAGAAAUUUACAUUUGUAUUAAAUAGCAACAGUAUUUCAAAGAGAAA